CACUAGUCAGUAGAUUGUGCGGUCAUGCUGUGGCUGAACUGAGAGGAAAUCAGACUUGUUAAAACAAAUAUCUGCUCAAAGAAAAAGAAAACCCAAGCAUACAGCCCUCCUGGUAUAAAUGAAAUGGAGGAAUGGGAGAGCCCCACUUCUUUGAGACCCACAGAAGCCAAACCGGACAGCUCAUUAUUAAUAGCAAAUUCUUGUGAGAAUCUGGAAUGCUACAUGGUCCUGAUUAAAGCAGAGAAGACAGCCAUCGGCUCCAUCUGUUUCCUGGCAGGCCCGAUCACACUGCUCGAAAAUGCUCUGGUGCUGUGUGUGAUCGCUGCCACAGCCUCCCUGCGGCGGCGACCCUCCUAUCUGUUCAUUGGCAGCCUCGCUUUAGCUGAUGUCUUCGCCAGCUGCUUCUUCACCACCAGUUUUCUGGACUUCCACCUCUUCCGUCACAGUGAUGGCCCCACUGCCUACCUCUUCAAGUUAGGAGGUGUCACCAUGGCUUUUAGUAGUUCGGUGGGAAGUUUACUGCUGACCGCACUUGACCGCUAUCUUUGCAUCUACCAGGCCUCAAGCUAUAAGGUGAUGCUGACACGACGGAGAGCCCUGCUGAGCAUGCUGAUUCUCUGGAGUGCCACCAUCUUCAUUGCCUUCCUGCCUCUGAUGGGCUGGAGGUGUCCCACAGUCCUGACCCCACCUUGCUCCCGUCUGUUCCCUUACAUCAACCGGGAAUAUCUGGCCUGCUGGACCAGCUUCAUCCUGGUGCUGCUGGCUCUGAUCCUGGGAGCUUACACUCUCAUCCUGUGGAAGGCCCACCGUCAUGAAUCCUCCAUGACCAACCUACAGGGACCAGCAGCGACAGGCCAUAACCGCAUGAGGAUGGAUAUCCGGCUAGCUCGUACCUUUGGCCUAAUCUUAAUCAUUCUGGUGGGCUGCUGGCUUCCAGCUCUCUCCUUCAUGAUCGCUGAUGUCUCUGGGAUCCUGACUCACAGACAACAGAGAGCCUUUGCCUUCUGCAGCACCCUCUGUCUGGUGAACUCUGCAGUCAACCCACUGCUAUAUGCCCUACGCUGCAGAGAGCUACGGGUUGCACUGCUGCAGCUAUUACAAAGGGUGUGUAAGGUUGGGUGGUGUAAAACGUCUACAGAGGAUUUAACCCCAGGACUACCCUCUACAGAAGACCUCAACUUUACUGCAAUCUCUGAAGUAGAAAUACCAAGACCCAGAACCACCCGACUUAACUCGGUCUCAGAAAUAGUAAACAGUCAGCAGCUGGACAUCAGGAAAUGACGGAGCGGUAGCUGGACAGAUGGGAAAUACUGUAUUUAUGGCAGUGUAAAUAUGGUGAAGACGGUUAUUUAAAAUCAAGUUUAGUGUAGAAUCAAAUGUUUAGCACCCAACAGCAGGAUUUAUUGUCAUAUA